GUAGCCGACUACGUUCGUAUGGAGAUCGCGGUUUGCUUUCUGUUUUCGUAGUUGACGCGUAGCUUCGGGCUUGCUUUGUAUUGAUAUUGUGUUCGAGGUAGUCUGAACCGACAUUGUGAACCUAGCAUGUGAACUGCUAUUUUGGAUUUGUGCGUUUCGCAACAAAACGAGCAUGUAAGGCCGUGACGUUUUGUUGUUGUGAGCGCUCGGGAAACUGCCCGCGAUUCUCGAGCCAUGACUGUGGGAGUAGUACAAAACCUGCGAGGCUUUGCCCUCAGUCAUCCACCACUGCUGGUGUUCAGUUCAUGCCUUUUGGCUUUUGGAGUUACCAUGAUUGUGCUGGCUUACAUUAUUGGAGGCACAGAGCUGCCCAAUCCUGACAUUGACAUGGAUUGGAACGUGUUUCUUACACGUCUCUCCGAGUUACACUACUGUGUCGGACCUCAGUCGAAUCCUGGGAGUGGGGGGCUACAGUUUGGAGGCAGCAAACGUUCUGCACCCCCAGUUACCACUUCUAAUGCAACUGCGGAUGUACCGGGUGUCAAGGCAGUUGACAGGGCGAAAAGUCUGAGUGCGUUGCUUCCCGACUUGGGCUCUGGCGACCCUAAAGAUGACAGCCCCAAUGUAACAGUUGCUGUGGCUGUUCCAGCGACAUUCUUUCGGGAAGCCCUGUCCAGUCCUGUCUUCUGGCAUGGCAAUGCUCGGGGAUAUAUGCUGGGUUUUUCAGGUAAACGAGCCAAAGAGCAGUUGCUUCUGACCAUGAUCCUGUGGCCUCGUAUAAAUGACACCACGGCAGCCUGCACUGGAAAGCACUGCCAUGUGGACACGGACACCUGCAUUAUUUUGCAGGGACCAUCACAUCUCAUGCCCAAGACUAAGCGCCCUCCCAGAUGCUUUCUGGAGGCUGUUCCGCCCUCGGUGAGCAGGCAGGUGUUUCUGCAACGUUCAGCCGCUGACACGGGAGGCCGCGUCAACUGCAGCGGGGGAAUCUGGACCAGCUUCCUGUACAAACCCAACCCGGACCUGACUGUCAUGCUGUCAUAUGGUGAUCGCUCUCUAGUCAACCUCCAUUUGAUCCACACCAGCUACUUCCUUUUCUUCGUGGUGAUGACACUGGCCUGCUAUGCCAUCAUUCGUGGACGCUUCCACAAGGUGACCAUGGAGAAGCAAAAGGUUCUUCACUUUUAGGUCCCUUGCCAAGGCAUGUUGUAGUACAUGCUUGACUCAAGCUUCAACAUUUACCUACCAAGACACAACUUGCAAACAUUCCAAAGAGCACAGCCAGGUCUGCCAAGAAGUUAAACUGAGUGCAGCACCAAUGAAAGCUGCACAUCUCGUCACACACCAGGUUGGCUCAUGUGCCAGCGACAGCAUCAUCACGGAACAGUGGACAUUGUUUCUCUGACGUGUCACUUUUGCCAACCAGUCACUUCGUUGCAGAUGUUGUUGUGGGCGUACUGCGGAGGUGGUCAUCUUGUUUUGUGAAUAAAGUGGGAAGCCAGCCCAGCUCG